UGCCAUAGAAGGUAGUUAUACAGACAGUAGAGUCUUUUUGUGCCAGGAAAAAUACAGUACUUGGUGUUUCAUGCAAUUUCAGAACCUGAUUUCAAAAGGAUCAUAACAAGGAGAAAAUAAAAUGUAGCUUGGUAGACUGCUCCAUGGAAUAUAUUUGCUAAUGGACUAUUUCUAUGUUAUUACACCAGCAUGAAGAAACAGGGUUACCACUGAUUGGAAGUUUGAAAAAAAUGAACAGGCAUAUCUGUUGGAUUUGUAAGCUAUGCAGAGCUGAAUCUAAGAGGCUCCCUUCAAACCUUACUUUGGAGGAAGUUUUAAGAUGGGCCCAAUCUUUGGAAAGUCUGAUGGCUACAAAAUAUGGUCCAAUAGUGUACACAGCGUAUUUAAAACUAGAGCACAGUGACGAGAACAUUAAAUUCUGGAUGGCAUGUGAAACCUACAAGAAAAUUGCCUCGAGGAGGAGCAGAAUUUCUAGGGCAAAGAAACUUUAUAGUAUCUACAUCGAGCCACAGUCCCCUAGAGAGAUUAACAUCGACAGUGCAACAAGAGAUGCUAUCAUCAAAAGCAUUCGAGAACCCACUCAAACGUGCUUUGAAGAGGCUCAAAAGAUUGUGUAUAUGCAUAUGGAAAUGGAUUCUUAUCCCAGAUUUUUAAAGUCUGAAAUGUACCAAAAACUUCUAAAAACUGUUCAGUCCCAAAGUUCCUGAUUGCUACCCAAAAGUUUAAACUAAAGAGGGCAUGUUGCAAGUGUCAACCUAAAUUUAGAAAACUAUACAAAACGAGAAUGAAAGUAGAAAUGAAACAGAAACCAAGACAUAAGUUGAUUUCUAGUUCCCAAAGGAAAUGCAUUCCAAACAGAAUUAGCUCACAAAUACUGUAACACAAUUUAUAGCAUACUUGCAGAGUGGAAUGAACAGAGAGGGGAAAGAAGCUAGCUUUCAGCAUAUAAACACUAUAACAUUUUUUACUAUCCUGGCAACUAAUGAUCUUUUAGAAAUUUGGCAGUCAUAGCACAGAUAGCUUGUUAUAUUUUAACAUGAGGACUAUGGAAAAUAUGUUAUUAAGAAACAACUUAACUAUAAAACUUUCCUAGUUGGAUUCCAUAAUUGACCUUCUAUAUCACACAGACCUUGUACAUGUAAAAUCUUUGUGAUGAGUUCAAACUCUCAAUAUGUGUGAAUAAUUUUUAUUUAUACUUCACAUUUACUUUGCUGUUGGGGUAUAAAAUUUUGUCUUUUAUUUGGGAAAUAAUUUCUUCACAAUAGAAACUCAUCAUAGUGUUGGAAGUCAAAUCAAAACUAAAUGGCUAUGUGAAUAUUUUUUGAAGAUGCCUUAUUGCUCCUUAUACUAUAAACUUCAAAGGGCCUAAAGUUUACAAAACGUAAGAAAAUAAAAUAAAGGGAAGCUUAA